AAAGGAAAAUAAACGGAACUCUUAAAAUAUAUGACGCUGGUACUCCGCGCUGCAGUCAGCUGUUGUUGAAAGUGAAAAGCCAAAACAAGCCGAAGUCGUAGCAGAAAGCCAUUGUACACAAGCCGUCUCAUUCAUUCAAGAACCUCUUUUAUUUGACUUCUAGACGUCCCAUUUAUCCUGGAAACAUGGGCAGUGCAGAUGAUUUGUCUGUGAUGAUGAAGGCGGAAAGUCCUCGACGGCAGGAAAUUAAAGAAGAGUUUGGUGUGAAUGUUAAGCUGCUCCCAUCCAAUGACCAGGUGAAGGAGCUCCAGACUAUCCUUCGAGAUCGCAACACCACACGUAGUGAUUUCAAGUUCUAUGCGGAUCGUCUAAUACGACUUGUGAUAGAAGAGAGCCUCAACCAAUUACCAUUCACAAAAUGUUUUGUAACAACACCAACAAAUGAAAUUUAUCAAGGGUUAAAAUAUCAACGUGGAAAUUGUGGUGUCAGUAUUGUACGUAGUGGUGAAGCCAUGGAACAGGGUUUGAGAGAUUGUUGUCGUUCAAUAAGAAUAGGUAAAAUUCUUGUGGAAUCUGAUGCAGAUACUCAUGAAGCUCGUGUUGUAUAUGCUCGGUUUCCUGAAGAUAUUGCUCAGCGCAAAGUUUUAUUGAUGUAUCCAAUUAUGAGUACAGGAAACACAGUGAUCAAGGCUGUGGCUGUGCUUAAAGAGCAUAAUGUUUUAGAAGAAAAUAUAAUUUUGUCAAAUCUUUUUUGUACUCCUGUUGCGUGUCGUUCUAUUACUGCUGCUUUUCCUCAGAUGAAAAUUUUGACUUCAGAACUGCAUUUUAUUGCUCCGAAUCAUUUUGGACAAAAGUACUUUGGAACUGAUUAGGUUAUCAAUAUUUUGUACUGUCUAAUCAAUCCAAUUCAUGUUAAUUGCUUCAAGAAACUCUUUGUUGUUGUAUUUUUUGGUUAUAAUUUAUUUUUGAUCUAUGUUCUUGACUGAUCCUUUGGGCCCGAUUUAGUGGAGGGGCAUUUUGGUUUGGCCGCUAGGGCGAAGUUUGCCAUAGCGCCCAAACCAGAUCCAGUUCUCUAGGCGGUGCAAGUUAUUGUGUGUUGAGAUUUCUUCUUCAUUGGGCAGCUAGUGCUGAUGCGUGAUGUGUUUGCCGAUUUUUCCUGUACUCUAUGCUCAAAUAUUUUGCACAAUUAUUAUUGGCCAACAAUAAUUAUAAUACUGUAUUUUAAUUAUUUUUAAAGGGGAAAAAUACAUUUUGCAACAUUUUGUUUCUUAGAUCCUGUUAUAAGCAUGCUUAGAAAUUUGUAGAAUUUUAGAUUGGGGUGAACUUAAACCAAUCUGAGGUAACUUGGUUGUACAGUAGUUCAUAGUAUUGCUAGGAAUUUCUUGAAUGAAUCCAAGUGAUGUCUCAUGUUCAACAGGCAUCCUGUCACCUUCAGAGGGGCAGUGAAUUGUCUGUAUUCUUGUUUGCUAAUCACAACAUUACUGUGUUCCUUUUAAUUGGUUAUGUGUAUGUGGUUGUUUUUAAAUGCUUUAACUAGAGAUGUUCUUAUGUAUUAUACUAACCAACACAGUCUCCUACAGUAUAAAAUAUUUUCAGUAUU